AUGGGUGACACUCGUGCUGAAGAUCGCGCAAAGGAGAUCUGUAUAUCCUCAAGCGAUAAACCCCGCGUCUCGCGCAUGCAGAUUGCGAGUACCAGCAGUGUCAAGAGGACAACCCCACCGAAGAGGAAGUACGCACCAUACGCCGACCUGGCCAGAAAGAUUGGGGUCGCGAAAGCGACGAGCCAAUUUGCGAGCUGA